AUGAACCAAGAUUUAUCAAAUGAAGGUAAGAUUGCUUAAUUACCCGUUGCGUAAAACAAAGUGUUUAAAACGAAGCAGAAACGGGAGUGCUUUAAUGCUGACGUAUUAAUUUAUAGAGCUCAUCAGCUGCAACGGGGAAGGUGUUCAAGGGCCAACCUCAAUAGAAGCAAUCGAUGCCGACAUUGAAGGUACAUUUUGUUAAUAAUGUUUGGUGUAUUAUUAACAAAGCGUCAAUAAAAAGUAAUGUAGGCGAAAGUGUAAGUAAAAUACAGAAUUUUAACUGCGAACUGUGUGUAGGGAUGCGUAAACAAAGUGAAUGCAGAAUAUUAUUUUUACGGAGCGAAGCAUAACCUCCAACUAGGGUUAACGGUGAGCAAACUGUAAAAGUGUAGGUUUUUAAAUUAUAACCGCAAACUGAGUGUUGCAUAGCGGAAUGGUACAUUUCAAGUAAAACACAGAAAAAUAAUGGCAAUUCAAGCGUUUCGAAGUGUAAAGAACAAAAUGUAGACUUAAUUAGCAAAAACAAUCAAGCGUUGAUGCAGGCGUUUCGUUUUCAUGUUUUAUAGCCUUAAUGAACGAAGAUGAUGAGGGUCUGUUGUCUGCCUUUCGCCGCUUCGAGCAACAUGGAGGGAAUCCACUUUUCCGAGCAGAAUUUACACCAGUGGGAAGAAAUAGAUCGUUUCGUGGCAUUGUAGACCAAAAGAAAUAUAGGCUUACUUUACAACAAUUGCGAGAUGCGCAAGAUGAACAACUAGGGGAAUCCAUCAGCGAAGCUGUAAUUCAGGGGUUGCAGCGGGUGGUGGAAAACGAGGGUUUCAACGUCCAGGAUUAUUCUUUGCUAGUCGCUGUCCAUUCAAACUCAUUCACUCAUGUCUGGUCACAAUCUGCCCGAAAUGUCCCUUUAGAAGAAUGGUUGUCUAAUGGGGUUUACACCCGCGCUUGGCUGGAAGAUUUAGCCAAAAAAUUGAAUUCAGCUCAAGUCAUGGACCCCCAACGAGAUGGCUUUUAUGUCGAACUCACCUUUGUGAAACGGUUAGGUCGUGGAGGAAAGAACGGGGGUAAAAAAGCCAAUCCUGGCCGCCAUGCGUGGGAGAAAUUGGUCAAGAAAAAGAGGUGUGUUGUGACCAUCAAAAAUAAAGACAAACUUUGUCUCGCCCGGGCAAUUAUGACAAUGAAAGAGAGGGUGGACAAUGGCUCCCAGUAUCAGAAUCUAAGGAAGGGAAGACCAAUUCAAGAACGAUUGGCCAAAUUGUUGCAUCGAGAAGCGGGUGUUCCCGAAGGCCCCUGUGGGUUUGAAGAAUUAGAAAAAUUCCAAGAGUAUUUAGGACCACAGGGGUACCAACUCAUCGUGGUAGAACCCAGCAAAUGUUUAGUCGUCUUCAAAGACUCCACCUAUAAUGAAGCACCUCAUGUGAUUGGUCUCGUCAAGUACAAUGGUCACUAUGAUGGGCUGACAAGUAUUCCUGCCCUAAUGAACAGAUCCUAUUAUUGCCGCCAUUGUGAUCGAGGCUAUGAUGUAGAAAAUUCGCGUCACCAUAAUUGCGAAGGGCAAAAUUGUUGUGCCUGUCUCCGUCAAAAUAAAUCCUGUCCGAACUUUGCCACCUGGGUUAAGCCUACCAUCCAUUGUCCUGAUUGCAAUUGUAUGUUUUAUGGGCAAGAUUGUUUUCAAGCUCAUAAAACCAAAGGAGAGAAAAAAGGAGACCAGAGUAUUUGUGACAGAUGGAAGAAAUGCCCACUCUGCUGUGCUGAAUAUCAAGUCAUCCCCAAAAAACCUCACAAAUGCUACCAUGCAACAUGUAGAAACUGUGGGGAAUUUACGCAUGUAGCUCACCGUUGCUACAUUCAGCCCAUUAAAGAAGCCCCUCCACAGCAACAGGAUGACUUCUUUGAUGACCCAAUGAAUUUUAAUGAUGACGACGAUGACGAGAGAGGGCCCCCACCCCCUCCUGUCUUGAACUUUGCAGAUAUAGAAUGUGCAAUCUCCGAGGAUCGCGUCUUUCAACCGAACCUUAUCUGCUGGUCCAGUGAAGAGGAUGAGGAGAUUCAUCAUGCAAGAACCAUUGAAGAAUUCUUAGAAGCCUGUGAGGCACUGACAGAAGUCGAAGACGAUGAACGACCCAGAAAAGUCAUCACCUUUUUCCAUAACCUCAGAGGCUUUGAUGGGAACUAUAUUCUGGAAGCACUCUAUGAUCAAGGCCGAGCUGUAGAAAGACCCUUAACCCAGGGGGCUAAAGAAAACCUCAUCGCUCUCGAGCCUCUAGGGGGAUGGCAUGGUAACCAUAUCAACCAAAGUACCAUUGCUCUGGAAUGGUUGUAUUAUCAAGACCAUUUGCUAGGUGGAAUGGGGCGUGUCCGCCACGUGAGAAACGGUGGAGAGGUGCAAGUCCUGACACCAGCAGAAAUGAUGUUCGUGGAUGGUUUUGACCAAGUAACCAAUACCAUAUACGAAUUUUAUAGCUGCUGGUACCACGGCUGUCCUCGUUGUUUUAAAAAACAAAGAAAUGUUCGCCGCCAUUGCCAUAAUGAUCGAACCGUCCAAGAGGUAUAUGAAGCAACAGAGAGGAAAGCGGCAUUCCUACGUCAAGCUGGCUAUACGGUCGUGGAAAAAUGGGAGUGA